AUGGACUACACAGAUAAGUUUAUGUCAAGCAAGCAUCAGGAACAAUUUCGAUCAGCUUUAGAGAGUGCAGAUCCAUCCUCUGCCUCCCCUUUGCUUAUCUCAACAUCACCUAAAUCUCCGCGAUCACCAAGACCUAGUAAGCACACCGGGAGUCCCCUCAAGAUUCAAAAGCCCCAUCCUGGGAAAGUUGGUGAUCCCAAAAAAGGCGGUUCUGGUGGGAAAGGAACCUGGGGAGGACUGCUUGAUAUGGAAGGUGGCCACGUGGAUGAUCCAAACGAUCCGAAUUACAUCAGUGAUAAGGAUGACGCGAAGCUCUCCACCAGAACGGAUGAGCAGUUUGAGGAGUUCAGGAAGAAGGCCACAAUCAUGGUGGAGGAAUAUUUUGACAAUGAUGAUGUUACCUCGACUGCUAAUGAACUGAGAGAAAUCGAUAGGCCAGGUUACUACUUCUAUUUCGUGAAGAAGUUGGUCUCCAUUGCCAUGGAUAGACGGGACAAAGAGAAAGAGAUGGCUUCGAUUCUGCUAUCCUCUCUCUACGGUGAUGUGAUUGAUCCCAAACAAGUCUACAAAGGCUUUCAGAAGCUGGUGCAGUCUGCAGACGACUUAGUGGUGGACAUUCCUGACGCAGUUGAUGUUCUUGCAAUGUUCAUUGCUAGAGCCAUUGUUGAUGACAUACUCCCCCCCUCGUUCUUGACAAAGACGAUGGCCUAUUUGAGCAAGGACUCGAAGGGCGUGGAUGUGAUCAAACGAGCUGAGAAAGGGUAUUUGUCAGCCCCUUUGCACGCAGAGAUCAUUGAGAGGUGUUGGGGAGGCAGCAAGAACAAGACGGUGGAGGAUUUCAAGGCAAAGAUAAAUGACUUGUUGGUAGAGUAUGUGGUGAGUGGGGAUGUGAGGGAGGCACGCAGAUGCAUAAAGGAUCUGCACGUCCCUCACUUCCAUCACGAGAUAGUGAAGAGGGCUAUCUUGAUGGCUAUGGAGAAGAGGCAGGCAGAAGGGCGUCUGCUCGAAUUGCUGAAGAGGACUUGUGAGGAAGGGUUGAUCAAUUCAAGCCAGAUAUCGAAAGGGUUCUCCAGAAUCAUCGACUCUGUAGACGAUCUGUCUCUGGAUAUCCCAAAUGCAAAGGUGCUACUGCAGUCAUUGAUCUCAAAGGCAGCAUCGGAGGGGUGGUUGAGUGCUUCGUCUCUGAGGUCGUUGUCGCUCAUCCCUGGGAGGCAGGUGGUCGAGGAAAGCAUGCUCAAGGCAUUCAAGAAGAAGGCUGAGUCGAUAAUCAGGGAGUAUUUCCUAGCGGGUGACGUAUCAGAGGUGAUCUGCUGCUUGGAGUUUGAGAAUGGUUCGGGCGUGGCUGAGCUGAACGCAGCGUUUGUGAAGAAACUGAUCACUCUAGCCAUGGAGAGAAAGAACAGAGAGAAGGAGAUGGCUUCUGUGCUGCUAUCAUCUCUGUGUUUUCCAUCUGAUGAUGUGGUGAGUGGUUUCAUCAUGCUGAUAGAGUCAGCAGACGACAUGGCCCUCGACAUCCCCAUCGUGGUGGAGGAUCUAGCCAUGUUCCUGGCACGGGCAGAGGUGGACGAGGUGCUUACACCACACGAGAUGGAGGAGAUAGGCCGACAUUUCCCGGGACCAACCUCAGUAGGAAACAAGGUGACACAAAUGUCAAUGUCUCUAUUAAAGGCCCGUCUAUCCGGGGAGCGGAUCCUGAGGUGCUGGGGAGGAGGGGGCAGCUGCAACAACGGGUGGACGGUGGAGGACGUGAAGGACAAGGUGGGGAAGCUGCUGGAGGAGUAUGCAGCAGGCGGGGACACGAGGGAGGCGUGCCGGUGCAUAAAGGAGCUAGGGAUGCCAUUCUUCCACCAUGAGGUGGUGAAGAGGUGCUUGGUGAUAUUGAUGGAGAUGAAGAAUGAGAGGAUGUGGAGUUUGCUAAGUCAUUGCUUUGAUAUGCAACUAAUCACCAUGACUCAAAUGAGUAAAGGGUUUGUGAGAGUGUCUGAUGGCCUUGAUGAUCUGGCUUUGGAUGUGCCUGAUGCUAAGAAACAGUUUGACAAUCUGCUGCACAAAGCAGCCAACCAAGGAUGGCUAGACACUUCUUUGCUACCUCUCAAUGGCUUUACUUGAAUUUAAUCAUGUCUUUUCCAUUCUACUUAUUUUUUUAUUGCAAACUUGUUCGAUAUACUCUUAUAUUUCUCCUUGUUUGCUUCCACAAUUUGCUUUGUGUUUCUGUCUA